GGCGGGGAGGAGCGCGCAGCCCGCCGCCGCCUGGCCGGGCGCAAAGUUUUCCUGGCGGAGUUUUGGCGGCGGCGGCGGCGGUGGCGGUGGCCGGAACGGGCCAUGGACGCGCUCAAGUCCGCGGGGCGGGCACUGAUCCGGAGCCCCAGCCUGGCCAAGCAGAGCUGGGGGGGCGGCGGCCGGCAUCGCAAGCUGCCCGAGAACUGGACGGACACCCGGGAGACGCUGCUGGAGGGCAUGCUGUUCAGCCUCAAGUACCUGGGCAUGACGCUGGUGGAGCAGCCCAAGGGCGAGGAGCUGUCGGCCGCCGCCGUGAAGAGGAUCGUGGCCACGGCCAAGGCCAGCGGGAAGAAGCUGCAGAAAGUGACCCUCAAGGUGUCGCCUCGGGGCAUCAUCCUGACCGACAACCUCACCGACCAGCUCAUCGAGAACGUGUCCAUUUACAGGAUCUCCUACUGCACGGCCGACAAGGUGCACGACAAGGUGUUUGCCUACAUCGUCCAGAGCCAGCACAGCGAGAACCUCGAGUGCCACGCCUUCCUCUGCACCAAGCGCAAAAUGGCGCAGGCUGUCACCCUCACCGUCGCCCAGGCCUUCAGAGUCGCCUUCGAGUUUUGGCAGGUGUCCAAGGAAGAGAAAGAGAAGAGGGAGAAAGCCAGCCAGGAGGGCGGGGACGCCGUGGGGACCCGCCGGGACAGCGCCCCGUCGCUGAAGAACCAGGUCGCCACCGGGAACCUGCUGGACUUGGAAGAGAUGGCCAAGGCCCCGCUGUCCACGGUCAGCGCCAACACCACUAACAUGGAUGAGGCACCGCGGUCCCAAGCCUUGGGCAGCAGCAGUGUUGUCUGGGAACUGGACGAUGGCCUGGACGAAGCGUUCUCAAGGCUGGCCCAGUCGCGCACCAACCCUCAGCUGCUGGACACGGGCCUGACAGCGCAGGACAUCCACUACGCCCAGUGCCUGUCACCUGUCGACUGGGACAAGCCUGAGAGCAGUGGCCCCGAGCAGGAAGACCUCUUCAGUUUCUGAGGGCCCGAGGCCCUACCACGUGACGGACCAAAGCCGCCCGCGGCAGGGGAGCCGGCUCCGGCCGGCGGCUCCCACAGCCCGCAGAUCAAAGCUGCAGCCAGCCAAAUCGGGGAAAGAGCAGGUUGUUUUUUUUUUUUUAAACCUGCUCUUUCUCUAAGAACUGAGAGAUGCCUUGAAUAUUUAUUCAGUGACUCGCAGCCGCUGCUGGCCUUGGGUGGGGCCCGGACCGGCCUCCUGCACCCUCUGCCUGCCCAGGCCGCUCCGGUCCAGGAGCUCAGGACGGCGACCAAAGCAUUUCUCGUCCCCUCUCUCUCUGUGAAGACGCGGAUUUCCAUGGCGGUUGGAUUCCCAUCAUCCUCUGGGCCCAGGGGGACCACCCCCCGCCCCCACCGCCUCCACUGAGGACUGAGGCCCCCGCUCGCCUCCCUCAGAGACAGAGGGGCAGCCCCUAACCAAAGCCCAGCACUUUAAAGCCCGCACAGCCCCGGGCUGCCUUCUUCCUGCCCAGCUCCAGGAGAAGGGGCUCCUCACUGCCGUGGCCUCUGUGUCUCCGUGUCCCUCCCUGGGGCGGCUGUGAAGCCCAACACCCAGCCUCAUGCAGAGACUUCCUGCCCAUUUCACAGAUGAGGAAGCCGAGGCUGUGUGCGUGGAAGAGGUCGAGGGGAGAGCCAAGAGCCGAUGCCAAUGCUGCUCUUCCCGCCUCCGCCGCCUUCCCCCCACCCUUAGCUUUGUUGUCCUCCGAGGAACCAAAAAACCCCAGCUAUUUUCUGACCAAAACGUGUUUCAUAACACACCAUCUGGUGCCUUUCCACUCGGAACUGGCAGGAGCCUCGGCGCCCCGCGAGCGGUCUCGCUGCCGACUGCAGCGCUGGGGGGUCUGCUCCUUCAGAGAGCAGGACAAAACCGGCCCCCAGAGGCGCCUGGCUGUGCCCUGUCCCAGCGCCGUGGCCGCGGAACCCCUCCACCGGGCCUCCCCUCUGACCGCAGCCGUGCGUGCGGCGCCUCCCAGCGGCCUGGCUGGUGGGAGCAGGUGCCAGCAGCCCCAGGGAAACACUGUGUCUAUUUAGAGGCCGUGAAUCAGAACGCACUGGGGGGGGGGGGGGGGCGGGGGCAGGGCCGACUUCUGGGCGCGCCCCAGCUUCUCAGACCCGGCUCCCACGUGGCCUUCCCGGGAUCCGGCUCUGCGUGUGCCGGAAGGCAGCAGGGCUCAGUGGGACCCAGGCCGUCCUGGGCCCGAGGGGGCCCCGGGGCCUGAGAAACGCGGCGACCUUCCGCCCCGUGUCUGCGGGCGCAUCUCCGGCUUUACUUUGUCAUGCUAUAAAGGAAGUCCUAACGAGGACAAAACCAAAUAAUAAAUGUUCUUUGGAAGCGCA